AUGUCGAACCAACAUUCGAGGUCUUCCACUCCACCUUCCAGCGAGGUUGAGCGCAACACCUACGCCAAUGGUCCUGGUUCUGCUACUCCAAAUGGCCACGGACACCGUCGACAGCGGUCAGGCACGCUCAGCUCUAUUCGAUCUAACGGCACAGUAAGAGCCCCACUUGUCUCGAUGGAUCAAGGUACAUCCCCCCUGGCAAAGGUCGGCAUCAAGGGAGAUGGUCUCAUGCUCUUCGUCACCUGCUUCGCCUCACUAGGCGUAUUCCUGUUCGGUUACGACCAAGGUGUCAUGUCCGGAAUCAUCACAGGCCCCUACUUCAAAGCAUAUUUCGGCCAUCCUACAUCCUACGAGAUCGGCACCCUCGUUGCUUCCCUUGAGCUCGGUGCAUUGGUGACGAGCCUAGCCUGCGGUCGACUCGCAGAUAUCUUUGGACGCAAAAACACACUCUUCUGGGGUGCCGUCAUCUUCUCUGCAGGCGGUGCCGUUCAAACCUUUACUUCGGGUUACGACUCCAUGCUCAUCGGACGUGUCAUCUCUGGUCUAGGAGUCGGUGUGCUCAGUAUGAUCGUUCCGACCUACCAAUCCGAGAUCUCACCUGCAGAGAACCGUGGUAAGCUCGCUUGCAUCGAAUUCACAGGCAAUAUCAUCGGCUAUGCCAGCAGUGUCUGGGUCGAUUACGCAGCAUCAUUCAUCGAAAGCGAUAUGGCUUGGCGCUUGCCCCUUAGUUUGCAAGUCAUAAUUGGUACCACAUUGGCAGUAGGAUCCGUUCUGCUGCCAGAGUCACCUCGUUGGUUGCUUGACAAGGACAUGGAUGAAGAAGGAAUGCGGGUGCUUGCUGAUCUGCAUGGUGCGGGUGACCCCAGCGAACCAAGAGCUAAGCUCGAGUUCAGAGAGAUCAAGGAGAACGUCCUCUACCUUCGCAAGCAGGGCGACAACUCAUACAAGCGCAUGUUCACUCAAUACCGCUAUCGCACGCUCAUCGCUAUGUCCAGUCAAGCAUUUGCGCAGCUGGUUGGCAUCAACAGCGUCUGCUACUAUCUUCCCAUGAUCUUGGAGUCGGCUGGGUGGAUUGGAAGGGACGCUCUUCUGAUGACAGGUGUCAACGCUAUCAUCUACACUCUUGCAACGGUUCCGACGUGGUUCUUGGUCGACCUUUGGGGCCGUCGUGCCAUCUUGCUGUCAGGUGCUGUUGGAUGUGGUGCUGCACUGACAGCUUGCGGAUACUUCCUCUACCUCGACAAGGACUACACACCACAGGCUGUUGUCGGAUCUAUCAUCGUAUACAUGGCCUGGUUCGGAUACAGUUGGGGACCCAUCCCGUGGUUAUAUCCACCUGAGAUCAUGCCCCUUGCAUUCCGAGCAAAAGGUGCAUCGCUAGCAACAGCAACCAACUGGUCCUUCAACUGGCUCGUCGGCGAGCUGACGCCCAUUCUGAUGGAGAAGAUCGGCUGGAAGCUCUACAUCAUUCUCGCCUUCUUCGCUCUCCUAGCCUUCAUCGUAGUCUACUUCGGAUACCCAGAGACAUCAGGUGUACCCUUAGAAGAGAUCGGUGCAUUGUUUGGAGACGAGAUCACCGUUCCACAAGACGACGAUGACGAGUCCGACUCUGAUGACGAUGAAGAGAGGGCAGAAGAACGCAGACGACGACGAAGCAUGAGCGUCGAUGGCUCUGAUGGAGAAGGUUAUACUACUCGACCGAUCCGACGAUCUAUCUCGAGUCAUCCGCGCCUGCAGUCGGAAGAAGAGCGGGCUGCAAGAGCCGCAGCAGCGAGAGUAGCAGCGGAAGAGAGGAGAGCUGCUCAGUCGUUAUUUGGUCUCGGUGGCAGUGGGUCAUUUGGUUGGAUCGGGAGGCUGUUAGGAGGUGGAAAGAAGGAUGAGACACCAGACAGGAGGUUGUAUGAGGAAGUCAGGAGGGAUGAACAUUAG